AUGAUGUCCAGACAGCUCACCUUCCGCAGGUUCGCCUCACACUACGCCCCAUCCAAGUACUUGAAAGACUUGGCCUACAAACCUAACAAGCAAUUGGGCGACCAAUUCAUCCAACAAUACGAAACCAAGGUCCACCACUCGGCCAAAAUCACCGACACUUGGAAAAGGUUGACUUACUUGGUGGCAUUGCCCGCUAUUUUGUUGACGGCUAUCCCUGUGGGUAAAGUCGAAUUGGACCAUGCUCAUCAUCGUGAACACACUAGACAUUUGAGCGAUGAGGAGUGGCCUCAACAGUAUGAUUAUCAGAAUAUUAGAUCGAAGCCCUUCUUUUGGGGUGAUGGAGACAAGACCCUUUUCUGGAACAGUGAUGUGAACAGACAUGUUCAGAAUUAA